CUCGCGAGCCGCCCCCCGCGCUCCGGAGCCUCCUCUUCCUCUCGCACACCCCGAGCAGCUCGCCCAUCUGGGCCUCGGUCCCCGCCUCCUCUUUCCCCCUCCUCGUCCCUCUCGCGCUCCCCACAUUGUCUCUGCCUCAUUUUCUCUCUUAGUUGAGGCAAAAAAAAAAAAAAAAAAAAAAAAAAAAAUCACCACCCUCCUCAGGGAGCCCCUCGCCCUCCGAAAAACAAAACCAGACAUGAUCCUGGGCUCCUGCUUCUGAAGGCUCGGGCGGACCAGGAGGCGGCGGCGGAGGAGGGAGCCAGGGCUCGAGUCGCGGGAGAGGUCGCGGCAGGGAACCCCCGGCCCCCGUUGCGUCCCCGCGGGCGGGUCCCUCGGCCUCGGCCCGCACAGCGCGGCCUCGCCGCCCCCGCCCCGUCCCCGCCCGCACUUCCGGAGCCGGCCGCACACGCCUCCGUGGAUGGUGUAGCGCCCUCGGGAAGCAUUUUUGAAACGUUGGGGUUAUUGGAGUGGUUGGAUUUUCCCUGGAAUUGCGUGAGAAAUUCAGAAGACUGAAGCCCAGGCUUACAGUCUACCUUUCACGGAGGCCUAGCCGUGAGAGGACAGAAGAAGGCACGUGGCGAAUCAUGACAGCUGACAAAGACAAAGACAAAGACAAAGAGAAGGACCGGGACCGAGAUCGGGACCGAGAAAGAGAUAAAAGAGACAAAGCAAGAGAGAAUGAGAAUUCAAGGCCCCGCAGGAGCUGUACCCUGGAAGGAGGGGCCAAAAAUUAUGCGGAGAGUGAUCACAGUGAAGAUGAGGACAAUGACAAUAGUGCCACCACAGAGGAGUCCACCAAGAAGAACAAGAAGAAACCACCAAAAAAAAAAUCUCGUUAUGAACGGACGGAUACGGGUGAGAUAACGUCCUACAUCACUGAGGAUGAUGUUGUCUACAGGCCAGGAGACUGUGUGUAUAUCGAGAGUCGGAGGCCAAACACACCGUAUUUCAUCUGUAGCAUUCAAGACUUCAAACUGGUGCACAACUCCCAGGCCUGUUGCAGAUCUCCAACUCCUGCUUUGUGUGACCCCCCAGCAUGCUCUCUGCCGGUGGCAUCACAGCCACCACAGCAUCUUUCUGAAGCCGGGAGAGGGCCUGUAGGGAGUAAGAGGGACCAUCUACUCAUGAACGUCAAAUGGUACUACCGUCAGUCUGAAGUUCCAGAUUCUGUGUAUCAGCACUUGGUGCAGGAUCGGCAUAAUGAAAAUGACUCUGGAAGAGAACUUGUCAUUACAGACCCAGUUAUCAAGAACCGAGAACUCUUCAUUUCUGAUUAUGUUGACACGUACCAUGCCGCUGCCCUUAGAGGGAAGUGUAACAUCUCCCAUUUUUCUGACAUAUUUGCUGCAAGAGAAUUUAAAGCCCGAGUGGACUCAUUUUUCUACAUAUUAGGCUACAACCCAGAGACAAGGCGGCUGAACAGUACUCAGGGGGAAAUUCGAGUUGGUCCUAGCCAUCAGGCCAAGCUUCCAGAUUUGCAACCGUUUCCUUCUCCAGAUGGUGAUACUGUGACCCAGCAUGAGGAGCUGGUGUGGAUGCCUGGAGUGAAUGAUUGUGACCUCCUCAUGUACUUGAGGGCAGCCAGGAGCAUGGCAGCGUUUGCGGGGAUGUGCGAUGGAGGCUCCACAGAGGAUGGCUGUGUUGCUGCAUCUCGGGAUGACACCACCCUCAAUGCACUCAACACCCUACACGAGAGCAGUUACGAUGCUGGCAAAGCCCUGCAGCGCCUGGUAAAGAAGCCCGUGCCCAAGCUGAUUGAGAAGUGCUGGACCGAGGACGAAGUGAAACGCUUCGUUAAGGGACUCAGGCAGUACGGGAAGAACUUCUUCAGAAUUAGAAAGGAGCUGCUUCCCAAUAAGGAAACAGGGGAGCUGAUUACCUUCUAUUACUACUGGAAGAAAACCCCAGAAGCAGCCAGCUCCCGAGCCCACCGGCGGCACCGCAGGCAGGCCGUGUUCAGGAGGAUUAAGACUCGAACUGCGUCCACACCGGUCAACACGCCCUCCAGACCCCCCUCCAGUGAAUUCUUGGACCUGAGCUCAGCCAGUGAGGAUGACUUUGACAGCGAGGACAGUGAACAGGAGCUGAAGGGCUACGCCUGCCGCCACUGCUUCACCACCACCUCCAAAGACUGGCACCACGGGGGCCGGGAGAACAUCCUGCUCUGCACAGACUGCCGCAUCCACUUCAAGAAGUACGGCGAGCUGCCGCCCAUUGAAAAGCCUGUGGACCCCCCGCCGUUCAUGUUCAAGCCUGUCAAAGAGGAGGAGGAUGGGCUCGGUGGGAAGCAUAGCAUGAGGACGCGGCGGAGCCGGGGCUCGAUGUCUACACUACGUAGCGGUCGGAAGAAGCAGCCUACCAGUCCUGAUGGCCGUGCCUCGCCCAUCAAUGAAGACAUUCGUUCCAGCGGCCGCAACUCCCCCAGUGCUGCCAGCACCUCCAGCAAUGACAGCAAAGCGGAGACAGUGAAGAAGUCCGCUAAGAAGGUGAAGGAGGAGGCCUCAUCCCCUCUCAAGAGCACCAAGCGCCAGCGGGAGAAGGUGGCCUCUGAUACAGAGGAAGUUGACAGGGCCAGUUCCAAAAAGACAAAAACCCAGGAGAUCAGCCGGCCCAACUCGCCCUCCGAAGGGGAGGGAGAGAGCUCCGACAGUCGCAGUGUCAAUGAUGAGGGCAGCAGUGACCCCAAAGACAUCGACCAGGACAAUCGCAGCACGUCCCCCAGCAUCCCCAGCCCCCAGGACAAUGAGAGCGACUCGGACUCAUCCGCUCAGCAGCAGCUGCUGCAGGCCCAGCCUCCAGCCCUACAGGCACCCAGUGGAGCUGCCCCAGCUCCUGCAGCAGCCCCGCCAGGAGCAGCCCAGCUCCCCGCCCCAGGACCCACACCCUCUACUGCUGCAGUCCCUCCACAGGGCUCCCCGGCAGCUGGACAGCCCCCAAACCAGCCUCAAGCUCCCCAAGCACCAACCACCCACACCCAUAUCCAGCAGGCACCAGCGCUGCACCCCCCACGGCUGCCCUCUCCACACCCCCCACUGCAGCCACUGAGUGGGCCUCCUGGCCAGCCUCCCCUGCACAGCCAGGGCCCACCAGGGGCACUUGGCCUACAGGCUGGGCAGCUACUGCAGCACCCUGGCCCCCCACAGCCCUUCAGCCUCCCUCCCCAGGCUCCCCCGGCACAGGCUCCACUGGGCGCUGCCCCAGCUGCAGCUCACCCCCACAGCACCCUGCAGCUCCCAGCCUCCCAGGCAGCGCUGCAGCCCCAGCAGCCUCCCAGGGAGCAACCCCUGCCCCCAGCUCCCCUGGCCAUGCCUCACAUCAAGCCACCCCCCACUACACCCAUCCCCCAGCUGCCCACCCCACAGGCCCACAAGCACCCUCCACACCUCUCUGGGCCCUCGCCCUUCUCCAUGAAUGCCAAUCUGCCACCACCUCCAGCCCUGAAGCCCCUCAGCUCCCUAUCCACACACCACCCACCCUCAGCCCACCCACCACCCCUGCAGCUCAUGCCACAGAGCCAGCCCCUGCCCUCAUCCCCAGCCCAGCCCCCUGGGCUGACCCAGAGCCUGCAGCCCCCUGCCACUGCCCACCCCCCCACCAGCCUCCAUCAGGCAGCCCCACAAGCCCCGUUCACCCAGCACCCAUUUGUCCCUGGCGGUCCCCCACCCAUCACCCCACCCACCUGCCCACCCACCUCAACCCCACCUGCAGGGCCCAGCGCCUCUGCCCCACCUCCCUGCUCCACUGCCCUGUCCUCAGGAGCCAGCACACCCGGGGCAGCUCCAUGCCCGCUCCCCACUGUCCAUAUCAAGGAGGAGGCUCUGGAUGAUGCUGAGGAGCCUGAAAGCCCCCCACCCCCACCAAGGAGUCCAUCCCCCGAGCCCACUGUGGUGGACACCCCCAGCCACGCCAGCCAGUCUGCCAGGUUCUACAAACACCUGGACCGGGGCUACAACUCCUGUGCCCGGACAGACCUGUACUUCAUGCCUCUGGCUGGGUCCAAACUAGCCAAGAAGAGGGAGGAGGCCAUCGAGAAGGCCAAGCGAGAGGCAGAGCAGAAGGCUCGAGAGGAGCGGGAGCGAGAGAAAGAGAAAGAGAAGGAGCGAGAGCGGGAGCGAGAACGAGAGCGGGAGGCUGAGCGGGCAGCUAAAGCAUCCAGCUCUGCACACGAAGGCCGCCUUAGUGACCCUCAGCUCAGUGGUCCCGGCCACAUGCGGCCCUCCUUCGAGCCCCCUCCAACCACCAUCGCUGCUGUGCCCCCUUACAUCGGGCCUGACACUCCUGCUCUUCGGACACUGAGCGAGUAUGCUCGGCCCCACGUCAUGUCUCCCACCAACCGCAACCACCCUUUCUACAUGCCCCUGAACCCCACUGACCCCCUGUUGGCCUACCACAUGCCCGGCCUCUACAAUGUGGACCCCACCAUCCGAGAGAGGGAGCUCCGGGAGCGCGAGAUCCGCGAGCGGGAGAUCCGUGAGCGUGAGCUGCGAGAGCGCAUGAAGCCGGGCUUCGAGGUGAAGCCCCCAGAGCUGGACCCCCUGCACCCAGCCACCAACCCCAUGGAGCACUUUGCCCGGCACAGUGCCCUCACCAUUCCCCCCUCAGCCGGCCCCCACCCAUUCGCCUCUUUCCAUCCUGGUCUGAACCCUUUGGAGCGGGAGAGACUGGCCUUGGCAGGCCCCCAGCUGCGUCCCGAAAUGAGUUACCCGGACAGACUGGCAGCCGAGCGCAUCCACGCGGAGCGCAUGGCAUCGCUCACCAGUGACCCCCUGGCGCGUCUGCAGAUGUUCAAUGUGACUCCGCACCACCACCAGCACUCCCACAUCCACUCCCACCUCCACCUCCACCAGCAGGACCCCCUCCACCAAGGCUCAGCAGGCCCAGUUCACCCCCUGGUUGACCCCCUGACUGCGGGCCCCCACCUGGCUCGCUUCCCCUACCCACCUGGCACCCUCCCUAGCCCUCUGCUGGGCCAGCCCCCCCACGAGCACGAGAUGCUGCGCCACCCCGUCUUCGGAACCCCUUACCCCCGAGACCUGCCUGGAGCCAUCCCUCCUCCCAUGUCGGCAGCCCACCAGCUGCAGGCCAUGCACGCCCAGUCAGCUGAGCUGCAGAGACUGGCCAUGGAGCAGCAGUGGCUGCACGGACACCCCCAUAUGCACGGCGGCCACUUACCCAGCCAGGAAGAUUAUUACAGCCGACUGAAGAAAGAAGGUGACAAGCAAUUAUAAGUUAUUUAUUUGUUAAUGCUGGCUGUGGAAACCCCAAUUCUUGGGGGGAGAAACAGGACUUUUUACAUACAGUAGCAGCUGCAAAAGCAAAAAGAAUAUCUUCUAAAGAUUUCUUUAUAUAUUUAAAAACCCCACAACUAAAAAUGUAUCACAUAAUAGUGUUCGUUUGUUGAGAGGAUUUCCCGAGACUGGCUUGGGUCUCCCUGCAUGACUCCCCAGAAACGUAGUGAGUCCCGGACUGGGCUGGACAUCCGGACCCCUGUGAGCACGGUGGCUUCGCCUCCUCUCCUUGACCCCUCAGCAGGUGUAGGACCUGUCCCACCCUCACUGUGCGCAGACACGCUGAGUCGUGGGCUCUGGCCUGCGGGUGUGCAGGUGGCAGCAUAUGAGUUUGCAAUCCAAGAGCUAUAAUUUUUAAAAGAAUCUUUUAUUUUAAUACAUUGUAGGAAAUCUUCAUAAUUUGAGAAAGUUCUGCAGCAUGGCUUUUUAUGUCUGUAAAUAAAUAAUUUUAGAACAGCCUUCUUUUCCUUCCACAAACUACUGUUCUAUUUUUUCCAGCCAUGUCACUAAUUAUGGAUUCCUACCAGCUAUUGACAGAAUACAGAGUUGAUUUUUUAAUAAAAAGCUAUAUAUAAUUAUCCCUUUAAUUAAAGGGAGCCGAUGGGUGUUACUAAUUACAAGCAGGCAGGAGCUUGGGACUAGGCAGGUUCAGUGACAGCACUUGGGCUGGCAGAGCUGCCACGGCGAACUCCCCUGUGCUGCUCGGCGUGCUCUGUCGCUCGUGCGUGCUAGGCUGAGGCACAGAUGUGUGAGUGCAAGCCCCUUCCGCUUUGCACAGGUGUGUGGAGGGCCCUGCUGCCACCGUGUCCUGUCUUGUGGGAUGGAAAGCACGGAUUUUUGUGUGCCUGAUGGCAGAUUUCCUUACACAGUUCUGUGCACACACAUUUGAUGGUUCUGGAUAAAUUGCCUUUAUAAUACUCUGAAAUUUCAUGAACAGUCAAGAAAGUUCCAGAAAAUGACUCCAUACAGAUAACUCAGCGCAGGAAAGACCAGGACGUAGCACUUGCCAAAGGAAUUAGAAAACUGCCCAGCUGUGCGUGUCACCUUUCAGAUCUCCUUGUGCAGGCGAGACCCGAGGUGAACGCAGUGUGGAUGGCACCUGCACCUGUGCCCGCACAGCAGGUGCAGACACUGACCCAUGCGACUGGUGAACCACUUGAGUCCCGAGCAGCCUCCUAGAGCUGGGACCAGGAGCCCAGCCUCGAGCCCACUGGCGAGGAGCAGGGCCUGCCGCCCCCAGGAGCCAGAAGCUUUUCAAAGCCGCAGCAGGCACGCCAGCAUCUGUUGAAGCUCCUCCUGUCCUCAGACUCCCAGGAGUCCCUUCUGUGGCCCCAUGUGUGGGUCUGGGGACCGGAUGGGGUCAGAGGACAGGGCUGUCCUAGACCCAGCAGGCCUGCGCUCAGCCCCGGGCUCUAGACCAACCAGCAGCACAGCACUCUCCAGUUUCUAUCAACCACAUUGGUUUCAGUUGGGACAGAUAGGAUUGUUUUGUUGUUGAAAAUGUUUGUAGUUUGGUUUUCGUUUUGUUUUUCUCUCAUUCCAUUUCUGCCUUAACUUUAGUUCCUUACUGGAGGCAAGUUCAGAUGAACUCUGUCAUGAAAUUUCCGGCUGCCUCGGCACAGGGGUGGUGACCAGCACCCAGCCCUCAGGCUGGCUCUGCCCAUGGCACGGAGCACGGGCACACCCUGCCGGCCCCACCUCCCUUGCUCAUGUGUCUUUCCCUUUGGAUAGAGCCCACAUGUACCAUUCAGUUGAACCUGGUCUCCUCUGUUACCCAUUUUUCCAAAGAAGAGAAAGUGACAGACUUGCAGUCUGCACUUGAAAGCCACUUGCAGGUGGUGUUUCCUAGGGCUUCGGGUUCUCUGGAGCCGGAAGCCCCCAGCCUGACCCUCGUGCUCCGCCCGGCCUCCUGUGGCCAUGAAGCUGGUGCUUGUUUUCUUUGGAGUUUCCUUCUUCCGUUUGAAGUUUGGUUUUGCUUUCGGUGUUCUGUAUGUGUCUCGCUCCAUGUCGUCAAGGCUGAGCUUCUCCUCACUGCAGCAGAGCAGAGUGUCCGUUCUGAUUUGCUACGUUUCUAUAUAUCUUGAAGCUAAAUGUAUAUAUGAGUAGUUUGCCAGAGAUAACACAGUGUAAGCAGUAGACACCCAGAAUCGUGACUUCUGUGUUCUCUCCAUUUGAGUAUUUUGUAAUUUUUUUGAAAUAUUUGUGGACAUAAAUAAAACCAAGCUACACUA